CUCUGUUACAUUUUGGGCAUCGGUAGGCCCUUUCCAACGCUCCGCUUCUGAGGCUGAGAGGGAGUCGCACACCGAUCUCCUUCUUCCUGUGUAAAACCUCAAAUGGCGGUUGAAGCUCUCCCAAUUAAUUUUCCGUGACAUAUUUGCAGAAAGAUAAAUUCGAUGGCGGGUUCGGUUAUGCUGCAAAGCCUGUGCUGCAUAACCGCACAAUCCCCAAAUUGUUACAAGAAUCAAUCCCUAGCUUUCACCCACUCUCAGUUCUUCUCCUCCAAUUCAUCUUUAAGGCUCAAGAAGCAGUCUUUGCUCUCAGCUAUACGGAUUAAGAGGCAGAGGACUCAGAAUCAUCGCUUUGUUGUUCCUGUUGUAUUUGCUUCACAGUCCAACAUCUUCAAAGCUCUGCAAACGGCAUGGAAGGUUGGGCGAGAUGGAGUUGAGGCAGGAACCAAUCUCGUGCCGAAUUCAGUACCGAGACCAGUUGCAAGGGUUUCCGUGACUAUAGUGGCGUUGACUCUUUCACUAUUUGUGCUCAAAUCUUUCCUGUCUACAGCUUUCUUUGUGCUGGCUACGAUGGGACUUGUAUACUUUAUAUUCAUUGCUUUGAAUAAGGAUGAAGGGCCGAGGUGGAGUGGAGGCACCACCUCAACACCAAAGGAGGACAGGAUGGACGACAGUCUAGAAGAAGCCAGAAGAAUCAUGGAGAAGUAUAAGUAACAGCCACAUCACAUGGAACAAGGGAUUUGGUUUAAGCUUUUAGGAAAGGCCUAGCACAGCUAACCUGACUGUGAGGCGUUGCCCCACUCCGGGGAAGUGGUGCGGAAGUCAAAUGCUUGUAUUCUUUGCAGAGCUCAUGGAGAUCUUAUUAAACACAAAAGAAUGGUCUUUCCCACAGAAGUUAGCAUUGAUGGAUGGUAGGAAAUUGUGACGGUAUAUAGUUAGUGGCGGCACAAAAUCUGCUUGCUUGUUUUUCACAACUUUUAAAAAGAUGUUACAAUAACAUCAGACAACGACGUAUAACACUCCUCUUUGCAUUACAGAUUUUGUGUUCGAUUCUUCAUUCUCCAGUUUGUAUCA